AUGUUCGGAACUCGUCACAAGGCUGAGAACAAUUCACAUGGAUCUUCUGCUGAAUAUCGCAAAACAGCGUUAGUAAUCGGUAACAGUCUUUAUCAUAGAAAUUCCAAAUUAAAUAAUACAGUGAACGAUGCAAAUGGAAUGUGUGACACUCUACGAUCGAUUGGUUUCAAAGUUUCGAAAGGACUCGAUCUGACAUACGGUCAAAUGCAAUCAGACAUAAACAAGUUUAUUGAUGAUAUUCAACCUAAGGAUUUGGCUUUGUUCUAUUUUUCUGGUCAUGGGACACAGUGGGAAGAUCAGAACUUUUUGGUAGCUUGUGAUGAUGAAAAUUUGACAAAAGAAAAUAUCACUCGCUAUGCCAUCAAUGCUCAAGAUGUUCUCAAACACAUGACCAAUCGCAAGCCGUUUGCUAGUAUUUUUAUCCUCGAUUGUUGUCGUACCUAUUAUCUACGUAGUUCAGCCCUGAGUCGUGGCAAUGGCUCAGAAACACAUGGUCUUGCACCGAUGCAUGGAGAUGGAAAUACAUUCAUCUGUUUUGCUUGUGCACCCAACCAAACAUCAUCGGAUGGAAAUAGAACCGAUAAACAUGGUACCUUUACUAAACAUCUCCUUCGUCAUAUUACAAAACCAAAUGAACAACUACAAGACUUGAUGAUCGAUGUCAACCGUGAUGUUAUUAGAGAAACAGGUGGGACUCAAAAACCUUGGCAACAUAUGUCACUCACCCAUAGAGAUAUCUAUCUUGCCCAUCGUGCUGAUGGAAAUCACAAUGUUGUGGCGAAUGAAGAUCAGGUUGUGAACCACCAACAUGCAUCAUCUGUAGCUCCCUUCGAUCCGUUCUUUUCGAAUCCGAUGCAAGAUGUUUUCUCAAAACCUGAUGUUCAUGUGAAGAAUUCCUUUCAUUACUAUUCUAGUGGUUACAGUAGUAAUUCUGGUCCAUUUCAUCAUGAAUUUCACGGGGAAUCGAAUGAUGGCAAUUUCAAUUCGUUAAUCAAGCGAGCAGAACGGCGCCUCAAUAUCGAUCUUGAUGGAGAUGGGAAAAUCGGAUGA